GUCACGGCCUACGACAUCGCGGCCAACGAGAGCCCGGAGUGCUCCGUAUGCUUGGAGGACCUCUUGUUGGGCGCUCCCGCGCUGCGGAUUCCUUGUGGCCACCUGUUCCACGAGGAGUGUGUGAAGGAGUGGCUGAAAAAGAGCAACGAAU